AUGGCAGCAAUGGAAAAGGGAGGUGCUGGAGCGGUUUUGGAGUACUUUCAAAAAAAGAAAGAGGAUGAUUCAUCUUUUUUUUACUCAAUGCAACUUGAUGAGGACGAUAUGAUCACUAAUAUUUUUUGGGCAGAUGAUCGGUCAAUUAGUGAUUACAAUCUUUUUGGAGAUGUCGUUUGCUUUGAUACAACUUACAAGACCAACGAAUAUGAUAAGUUUGCUCCAUUUGUCGGGGUCAAUCAUCAUAAGCAAACUAUUGUGUUUGGUGCUGCUCUCUUAUAUGAUGAAACAACAGAAUCUUUUGAGUGGCUUUUUCAGACUUUUCUUGGAGCAAUGUCUGGAAAACAGCCGCAAACAAUUCUUACAGACCAAUGUGCAGCAAUGGAAAAUGCAAUAGGAAAAUUCUUCCCUGAAACAAAACAUAGGUUAUGUGUUUGGCAUAUUUACCAAAAUGCUACAAAGAGGUUGAGUUGUGUAUUUCAUGGACCAAACCAUUUUGCCACAGACUUUGGAAAAUGUGUAUAUGACCAUGAGAAUGAAGUAGAGUGGUUAUCGGCAUGGAGUGAAAUGCUCGAGAAGCAUGGAUUGACAGAGAAUAAAUGGCUGAAUGAUUUGUUUGAGUUGAGAGAAAAAUGGGCAAGGGUAUAUGGUCGUCAAAAUUUUACAGCCAAUAUGAUGAGCACACAGCGUAGUGAAAGUAUGAAUAAUAUUUUGAAAAAUUACUUGAAGAGCAGUUAUAACUUGUUUCGCUUCUUUAAACACUAUGAGAGAGUGUUGGAUGAUCGGCACUUUAAAGAAUUAACUACUGACUUCAGUAUGAUGCAUACCUCGCCGGUAUUAUCAGCUCCUGUAGAAAUGUUACAACAUGCAUUGGACGUGUAUACACCAGAAGUCUUUACCUUGUUCCAGAAGGAAUACAUAGCUAUAGGUGAUUAUGUUGCCAAAAGGGUCAAUAAGUCUGAGAUGGUGAGUGCUGAAUACAAUGUAUCUUUACGUGGUCUUGGAAGAAAUCAUUUGGUUAACUAUGUUGCUGCAAACGAAACGAUACAUUGUAGUUGCAUGAAGUUUUCUUUUGGUGGAAUCUUAUGUCGUCAUGCAUUAAAAGCGUUGGCCAAGAAGGAUGUUAGAAGAAUUCCACCUACUUACAUUCUGAACCGAUGGAGUAAAGAGGCUAAAGCACGAACCAUAUCCUUUUAUCAUUCAGCGACACCUAAUGAUACAGUGAAGCAAUCGUUCGGAAAACGAUAUAGUCAUAUAUGUCGUACUUUCCGUGAGAUUGCGUCUGUUGCUGCUGAACAUGUAGAACUGACGUUGUGUGCAGAUGAAGCUGCCUCUCAGUUGCUUGAAAAAUUGGUGGAAAAGAAAAUGGAACUUGUGAAAGCUAAUAAAUGGAUGGUCCACUCUUCAGAUUUUGAACUUGUGGAAGAAGAAGAUUAA